UUGACGGUAUUUUAACUCACACCCCAAAAUUCUAAUUCUCCUCUCUCUCUCUCCUCUGAAAAAGGAAGAGACCCAAGCAAAGGCGUCACCUUAAACCAAUACCGCCGAUAUUUUCACUCACUUUCUCUCUCUUAAACUGCACUUCCGUUGAUUUUCCGACGACUUUUUAACUUUUAAGGGAGACAAGUAGAGAUGCUACAGGUGCAAAUAAAAUCAAGUGGAUAAAAAGUAUAAGCAAGAGAAUGGGAGGUUGUUGCUGUUGCUGCUUUUCGUCUAGAAGAUCUGAACCAGUUCGGACCCCGAUCUACUACUACUGCCCCAGGACGUCUGAGGAGCGUGAGCCCUUGUCGGCUAACCGUGUAAUACCUCCCGGUCUAGCAGGAGGACUCCUGGUUGAUACCAAUUUAGACACAUCAAGUCCAGACACAUAUACUCCACCUCCUGCUCCUCUUCCCUAUGAUGUUGAUUUAGGACAUCCUCGAACACCACAUGGAAGAGAGAAUCAUCUUACCAAGAGUGAUGCAACAAGUGAGACAGCCACUUCUGGUUCUGAGGAGAGAUUGAACAAUGCAGAUUCCUCAGAAAAUCAAGAGAAGGAUCCGAAAGAAAUUGAAGACAAAACAAAAUCUGUUCUGGAACUGAACUUAUCUGAGGAUCUUGAAGAUGAUCUGAAGAAGCCGAUUGAACAGAAUCUUACAAUCAUAGAAGAGGAGGAUUGUCCUAUAUGCCUUGAAGAGUACACAGAGGAGAAUCCGAAGAUGCUAACUAAAUGCGAGCAUGAUUUUCAUCUUUGUUGCAUUCUGGAUUGGAUGGAAAGAAGUGACGCUUGUCCUGUGUGUGAUAAGGAAAUGGUGUUUGAUGAAGAUAUUACUGUUUAGUGUUGGUGCAAGCUCAAGUGUUUUACUUUGUUUUUGGUAAUUGUGGCCAUGGCUAGAGUAGUAUCGUCUGUUUUAGUUUGCAUUGCAAGUUGGUCGCCACCUGUUUUGGGUAAUUGUAAUCUGUCUGUUCCAAUAUCCUGAGAGGGGUGAUGCAUAUCUCUAGUGGUACUAAUAGACUUCCAAAAGAAAAAAGAAAGUGUCAAGAGAGGAGAGAGAGAGAGAGAGAGAGAGAGAGAGAGAGAGAUUGAUGUUGCGACAACUGUUCAUCGGUGUUAGCCUUGCUAGUUGCUAUUUGACUUGUGGAUCGUUGGCGCUUCGGUAAAAAAAAAUAUGGUAGCAGCAAAAGGUAUAAAUAUUGGGUAGCAUGCAGUACAAUGCAAUGUGGCUUAAAUUUGGUAUGACCAAUUGCAUUGUGCUGGAUGCUACUUUUGAGCGAAGGAUGCUACUUAAUAUACUGGCAAUAGUGGCGGGAAUGAGCAGAUUCUUUAUGUUCCCGUUAUGUUGGGGUUAACUAUGUCAUUUUAUACACAUGUAUAGUUCCAUUAAACAGAAAGUUAGGAUCUUAAAAAAAUUGUUUCCCUGUUCUUACAGUCUUACCUGAAGAUUGGAUUUUUCUGCCGUGUGCUUCUUUCCAACUUGCUGGGGUUGCUUCACUUGUUGCAUGAUGUGAAUAAUGAAUAUGUCUUACUUGGAUUUUUUUUGGAUGGAGUAUUUAUUCUUGGAUUUUUUUGGAUGUAA